CUUUUAUUUUGAAAUGAUAUGCUGUAUUCAAGGUUUAAAAAACAAACAAUUAUUUUGCUUUUAUUGUGUGUUCAAGAUUGACCAGAGCAAACAUGAGAACAGUUAUUGCUCUGAUGUUUAUAAUCGUAAUUCAUUGUUCGGGCAAAAAGUACGACUUUAAACUAGUCCACCAAUGGAAACAGAUAGAAUACAAAUUUUCCAGUGAAGAGGAACGUCAAGAAGCGAUACAAAAUGGAACUUUCGAUAUUGGCAAAGUCCAGCCUAUGGAUGCCCAAUACACGUACAAUUGCGACACUGGUGAGGAACGAAUUUUCGUGACCACACCAAGAUUGAAGCAAACAGGCACACCAGCUGGCAUUGGAGUGAUUAUAGAUGAAACCAGAGAUGGUAAUCCGGUUAUUGAACCAUAUCCUUCUUGGUCUUGGCACAUAAAUACGGAAAAAUGCAAUUAUCAUAGGAUAGUGUCACCGUUCAGAGUCUGGUGGGACGAAUGUGACAGACUUUGGAUAUCAGACACUGGAAUACAAGGUGACAGUUUCAUAUGCCCACCGCAAAUAUUGGCUUUUGAUUUGAAAACGGAUAAACUUCUGCACAAAUACGAAAUCCCUUACGGGCAAUACAACAAUGUUUCCUGGUACGUUUCACCAAUUGCUGAAGUUGAAUCGUUUAACAACAAAUGCGAAAAUACUUGGGUUUAUGCAGCAAAUCCUACCGGCUUUACUUUGUUAGUGUACAGUCUCAAACAAAACGCAUCUUGGAGUGUAGUAGACAAGAGUUUCAAACCGGAUCCGGAUCGAAAAUAUGCAAACUACACUAUUGGAGGUGACACUUAUUUCUAUGCUGAUGGAUUGAUAACUGUAGCACUCACACCCAAAUCAGACGGGCCAGAAAACAGAAAACUGCGUUACCAUGCCAUGUCGAAUAUUAAAGAAUCAUGGGUUUAUGUCAAGCAUCUUAAAAAUCGACACAAUUUUGAAGUUCCUAAUGGAGCAUCUAAAUUCUUUCAUACCUACAUAGAUAAAAGAGACCAACAAUCAUUAAUAGAAGCCACAGAUCGUAAUGGAUAUGUUUACUUUUCACUUUUGAUUGAUGUUCUAUUAAUUAAAUGGAACCCAAAUACUCCGUAUAAAAAAGAAAAUUGGAAAAUUAUUGCUAAUGAUACGGAAAGAAUGCAGUUUCCAAGUGGAUUAAAGGUAUUGCCUUAUAAGGCAAAUAAACACCAUGAAGUUCUUUGGGUUUUUGCAGUUGCAUACCAAAGAUUCGAAGCUGGAACCUUAUUUGGAAAUCGGACCAAUUUUAGAUUAUUUGUUGCUGAUAUAGAUAAUUAUUAAAAACAAUGCACAUUGCGAAAUGUUUAUUCCAUUAUAUGGGCAUUCCUAGAAUUCUUUAUGACUUUGGAGUCUAA